CAUAAAAUGGAUUAAACCCGGAACUCCAUAAUCAAUCAAAGAAUCACCACAUUGUUGGUCACUCGUAGAGUUAUCUCUCUAGGUUUGGUGUUUGAUUCAUUCAUUUAGGUAUUUGUAUCUGGAGAAUCAAUCAUGGCUACUGCUUCAGUGGCGUUUAAGUCUAGGGAGGACCACAGGAAACAGUUGGAAUUAGAAGAAGCGCGAAAGGCUGGUCUUGCACCAGCAGAGUUGGAUGAGGAUGGAAAAGAAAUUAAUCCUCACAUUCCUCAGUAUAUGUCUUCAGCUCCUUGGUAUCUCAAUGCAGAGAGACCAAGUUUGAAACAUCAAAGGAAAUGGAAAUCUGAUCCAAAUUACACGAAAUCAUGGUAUGACAGAGGUGCAAAAAUAUAUCAGGCUGACGAGUAUAGAAAGGGUGCUUGUGAAAACUGUGGAGCAAUGACGCACGAUGCUAAGUCAUGCAUGGACAGGCCACGCAAAUUAGGAGCAAAAUGGACCGGAAAACAUAUUGCUCCUGAUGAGAAGAUCGAGCAGUUUGAGCUGGAUUAUGAUGGUAAAAGGGAUCGUUGGAAUGGCUACGAUGCUGCUUCUUAUGCUCAUAUCAUUGAACGAUAUGAAGCAAGGGAUGAAGCAAGAAAGAAAUACCUUAAAGAUCAGCAACUAAAAAAGUUGGAGGAGAAAAAUAACAAAGAGGAUGAAGAAAGAGGAGAUAGCGAAGAUGAAGAUUUUGAAGAUGUUUUGAAGGUAGAUGAAGCCAAGGUUGAUGAAAGCAAGCAGAUGGAUUUUGCAAAAGUUGAGAAGCGUGUACGAACCACUGGUGGUGGAAGCACAGGAACUGUUAGGAAUCUACGUAUCCGGGAAGAUACAGCAAAAUAUCUUCUUAAUCUUGACGUCAAUUCUGCACACUAUGAUCCCAAAACCCGGUCCAUGCGAGAAGACCCUCUUCCAGAUAUGGAUCCCAAUGAAAAGUUCUAUGCUGGUGAUAACCAAAAUAGAGUUAGUGGUCAAGCAUUGGAGUUCAAGCAGCUGAAUAUUCAUGCUUGGGAAGCUUUUGACAAGGGGCAUGAUGUUCAUAUGCAAGCAGCUCCAUCCCAAGCAGAACUGCUUCACAAAAAUUACAAGGUUAACAAGGAGAAACUGAAGUCACAAACAAAGGAGGAUAUCAUGGAGAAGUAUGGUAAUGCUGCCAGUGAAGAAAUACUCCCGAGAGAACUACUGUUGGGUCAGAGUGAGAGAGAAGUUGAAUAUGAUUGUGCUGGUAGGAUUGUGAAGGGCCAGGAGAUGUCUAUUCCUAGAAGCAAAUAUGAAGAGGAUGUUUUUAUCAAUAACCACACCACAGUUUGGGGUUCAUGGUGGAAGGAUCACCAUUGGGGUUACAAAUGCUGCAAACAGACAAUCAGAAACAGCUACUGUACAGGUGCUGCUGGAAUUGAAGCAGCUGAGGCUUCUACUGAUCUUAUGAAGGCCAAUAUUGCUCGCAAGGAGUCUGCUGAAGAUACACAUGCGCCGGUUGAGGAGAAGAGGCUCACUACUUGGGGAACUGAAGUUCCUGACGAUUUGGUUCUGGACCAGCAAAAGCUGGCUGAAGCUCUUAAAAAGGAGGAUGAAAAGAGGAGAGAAGAGAGGGAUGAAAGGAAAAGGAAAUACAACGUGAAAUACAAUGACGAGGUUACACCGGAAGAAAUGGAGGCUUACAGAAUGAAAAAGGUCCUCCAUGACGAUCCCAUGAGGGACUUCUUGCACUGAGUUAUAUAUACAGAAGGGGGGAGUCCUUGCACCUCUUUAGGUAGCACUUGGCAUGUAGGUGAAUUGUUAGUAAAAUACACUCCCAAACACACCAUCCAUUAUUAGGGGCUUACACGUGAGGAACUCUUUGCAUGAUUGCCACUCCUGCGCGUAAUAUGUAUAUAUUGUUGCUUCAAACCCAUUUUUUUAUUAUUGCAAUAUAAUUGUGGUCAAGCGUUGUAUCUGUCCUGUUUUAUCAGUUGUACAUACAUAUGCACACUGGGUUUUGUGAGAUCAUAUUUAAGCUUGUUAUUACUACUCUCUAUCUCUUUAGUGGCUCAAA